GGUUACACUGCCGCGGGUCUCAGAAGCUGCGCCAAGGUUUCAGAAGUGUCAAAAUGUGAAGGAAAACGUGCAUCUUAGAGGUGGUGAAGCGUGGAGGAUUGCUGGAGGAUAGGGCCCGCUAGACUGUGGAAGGUGCAAGGAGUCAGGCCCGUAGGGACCAAUUGGAAGGUUCUGGCUGUACGGAAGACAGGAGAAUAAAAGCCGCCCUCACUCUAGGGGAGAAUAUAAUGUUUACAGUACCUUUCAAAGUCAUGAACCAGAGUUUGACUAUUUGAAAAGUCUAGAAAUUGAGGAAAAAAUUAAUAAAAUUAGGUGGUUACCACAACAGAAUGCUGCUCAUUUUCUGCUCUCUACAAAUGGUCCCAAUACUGAAGCCCAUGGACCUUAUGGUAGAAGCAAGUCCACGACGAAUUUUUGCAAAUGCUCACACAUAUCAUAUAAAUUCCAUUUCAGUAAAUAGUGAUCAUGAAACAUAUCUUUCUGCAGAUGACCUGAGAAUUAAUCUAUGGCAUUUAGAAAUCACAGAUAGAAGUUUUAACAUCGUGGACAUCAAGCCUGCUAACAUGGAGGAGCUGACAGAGGUUAUCACAGCAGCCGAGUUCCACCCGCACCAGUGCAAUGUGCUUGUCUACAGCAGCAGCAAAGGGACCAUCCGCCUAUGUGACAUGCGCUCCUCGGCCCUGUGCGACAGGCACGCUAAGUUUUUUGAAGAACCCGAAGAUCCCAGCAGUAGGUCUUUCUUCUCAGAAAUAAUUUCAUCCAUUUCCGAUGUAAAAUUUAGUCACAGUGGUCGGUACAUGAUGACCAGAGUACCUGUCAGUGAAGGUGUGGGACCUCAACAUGGAAAGUCGGCCUGUCGAGACCCACCAGUGAAGGUGUGGGACCUCAACAUGGAAAGUCGGCCUGUCGAGACCCAUCAGGUCCAUGAGUACCUGCGAAGCAAGCUUUGUUCUCUCUACGAAAACGACUGCAUCUUUGACAAGUUUGAGUGCUGCUGGAAUGGGUCGGACAGUGCCAUUAUGACUGGGUCCUACAACAACUUCUUUAGGAUGUUUGAUAGAAAUACACGGAGGGAUGUUACACUGGAAGCGUCAAGAGAGAACAGCAAGCCUCGAGCCAGCUUAAAGCCUCGGAAAGUAUGUACAGGUGGUAAGAGAAAGAAAGACGAGAUCAGUGUGGACAGCCUGGACUUCAACAAGAAGAUCCUCCACACGGCCUGGCACCCCAUGGAGAACGUUAUUGCUGUAGCUGCCACCAAUAACUUGUAUAUAUUCCAGGACAAAAUCAACUAAAGAAGUUAACUUGAGGACUAAGUCUUGUCUUGCAUAGUGAAGCCGGUCAUUUUCUGUCAGAGAAAAGGCAUUGUUGUCCUCUCCAUUAAGAACAGUGACACACCACUUCCCUUCCUAGACACAGGAGAGAAGCGGCCUCAGCUGGAGUCCCAGGGUGGUUCUGCCUUCAGCGAGGUGAGAGGUGGGUGCUGCUGCUCACGCGAGAAACCCACUUGAAGCAGAAUCAACAGACAUGGCUCAGUAAAGGCCAUUACUCUAAAUAAAUGUAUUUAUUUAAGUCUGAGCCUUCCUUUCCAGUUCAUAGACCAAAAAAUUAACAUCCAAGAGAAAAGCUGUCAGGUAUCUCUCCAGUCCUCUCCCUCUUUCUCUGCCAUCAUACUCGGGCCUUCACACACGUGGGGUGUGGCGACUGUCCACACUCUUCCCCAGCCUUCAUCUGAGUCCAGGCGGCCUUCCCGUUGGUGUGUGAAUACAGCCCGAGCAGGCUCAGGCAGCUUUACUCACCCACUGUACCUACCAUCACCUUCUGGUGUAACCACUUAAUAAAAGCAACACACUAUAAAAAGUGUUUUUAAACCCAAACAUAAGUAUCGUCUUUUUAUUUGCUUUAAUUGCAUAUAGUGAAAUUAUGCAGAAUUAUUCUUUGGAACUAUUUGAAAAAUUUCUGUCCUCCUUUGGCAGAACGGUGGAGUAUGUACAGUACUUCCGUCUCUGAAUUUGCCUGUCCCCAAACUGCCAUAACUUGGUUUUGUUUCUGUAGAAAUAGUCCAUCUGAUUAUACCAGGUAAGAUCUGGGAAAAGCCAUAAUUGAGGCCACCUCUGAGAAAAAAAACUGCAAGGAGAAGCAACAAAAUUGCUGUUACUGUAUUAAAAGUAGGCCUCAAAUCCACUACAAUUGAAAACCUGCUUUCUUUUUAAACCUUUUUAGAAAGUACUCUGGCGGGGGAAAUAUACUUUUUAAAUAUUGCUAAAAUUAUACGCAUGCUAAAUUUCACAUUGCAUUUCAAGCCAGCAAAAUUAAACAAUUAUUAUGUGAUGCCUCCAGUACCUUGGUGGUCUAUUUUGAAAGUAGGAUAUUUGAUGUCAGAAGUCAAGAUUUCCCAAGACAGAAAAUAGAGGUGAACCGAUGCUAAAUGAUGGGAGCUUGCUUCCCUGAGAUUUAACACAUGAGCCUGAUCACGAUAGCUCCAAGGAAUGGAGAGCCAGGGGCCUUGUGCCACUGCUGGAAUUAGGGUGUAUUCUGAUAACUAAUAAUAUAGAUAUGCAAGAACAAAAAGUCUGUUAUCACUCUGGAUUAAUGUUAACAGAAUGCCACUUUAGUUUACAUUAAAUUAGAAAUUGAGAAUCUAAAAUACCUUUAUUUUAAUUUAAAAGUAAUUCUUAUGCUGUGUAUUGGUGUUGACACAACUUACAGAGUCUGAGAUGUGGAACCAAGUUGUUUAAACAUUAGUCAAUCCUGGUCCUUAAGAAAAAAACAGUUCUAGUAAAAUGGGAUUGUAUAUAUCUGUUCAACUAUUUUGACCAAAAAGUUUAAUAAAUUUUAAAUGUUUAACUGGA